AUGUGCGAACCCAGUGAUCCCAAAUCACUUUGGGACAAAUACAAGGACGUUUUGUUCGAAGACAUACUCAGAGAAGCGCAACGGCUGUGUCCAACAAUGGCUCUUACAUUCAACGAUGAAAUUUACAACAGGGCGCUUAUAAUCAUUGAGAACGUGUUUGUUGAAAUGAGGGGGGGAUCUCUCGCCGCUAUUGGGCUUCCAACGCCAGAUCGUGUGGCUUCCUCCAGUCUCUCACCUGAGAUUGUGCGGGAGACAUUCUACUCUGUUGAGGAGCUCAACGCCUAUGUCACAACAAAUGAACCGAAACUUCUCAUAGACCAAAGGGCCGCUUACGAUGCGGUUCUUGCGUCCACCACGGAGGUACUCAGGCGAUGUAAGCUCAUCGUCAAUCCCAAAACUGCACUCGAGGCACUAAACCGCUCUCUGAAGGAUAUUCGAAACUCCGAUGACCUUAUGGGAGGUAUAACUGUCCUUCUAUCCGGUGACUUUCGCCAGACCCUCCCUAAGGGGACAAGGGCCGACGCUAUUCGAGCAUGCUUGAAAUCGUCACAACUUUGGCCCACUGUUAGACCAUUGCACCUUACCACCAACAUGCGUGCACACCUAACUCGCGAUGUUGGGUCCGCCGAAUUUUCGAAUUCAUUAUUAGCCCUUGGCGAAGGUAUUAUUCCAGCGGACACUAAUGGAUUUGUAAACGUUCAAGGGUUGUCUACAGUGGUCACAACGCCAGCAACACUCAGAGAGAAUCAGUUUUUCCUGAUCUUCAAACCAACUACAACAAUAUUGAGUGGCUUGCUGGGCGGGAAAUUCUUGCCCCUCAAAACACCACUGUGA